AAUCACUUAAAGGUCUGAAGGUGUCAGUCUGAGUUGCUCACUGUCCUGUUCCCAAGAUGAAUGCAAUAUACAGGGAUGACCGAUGAACACAAUCUCAUCACUGACCUCCAGGGAUAAAAAUCUGAAACAGUUGAGUGUGGAAACAUAUGACGUUUGGCGACUGCAAUCUUUCUACUCUGCUGUUGAAUCUCACUUCACUGUUGGCAAGGGAUGCGUCCUUCCCGUCGUGACUCAGCAGUGGCAGCAGGUACGACUUCCCAAACUGGUUCUCUCACCCCCCCUCACCAACUGCCAAUUACUGCACACCACCCUCAAUCUCAGCUAUCCCGCCCAUAAACGUCACGGAUUCAAACGGCAGCCGAGGCAGAGGCAGAAAAAGAAGCGGAGCGGAUCACACACAUUCAGCAAGGCUCAGGUGGGCUGGGGGCUUUAACGCCAGACACAUCGACAUCUACUAGAUUUCGGUUGCAUGAGCACAACCCGAGGACUUAAAGAUGUGGAGAGAAGUCGGCAAGCUCGCACUAUUUCAUUUGCUGAUUAUGGAGCUUCAUUCCGCGAAAGGCAUUCACACAGAAUUGCAGUGUGAGACUGGGCAGUUUAAGUGCAGCAAUGGAAGGUGCAUCCCAACCCUAUGGAGGUGUGAUGAUGACGAUGACUGCUCGGAUAACAGCGACGAGGAGAACUGUCCAAAGAAGACAUGUGCAACCACAGAUUUUGCCUGCAAGAAUGGACAGUGUGUUCCUGCUAGGUGGCGCUGCGACGGGGAGCAGGAGUGUGCAGAUGGUUCGGAUGAGGCUGACGCAAUCUGCAGCCGGCAGACCUGUCCACCGGAGAAAUUUGACUGUGGUGGGACUGCUGCCAAAUGCGUCUCGUUGUCAUGGAGAUGUGAUGGGGAAAGAGACUGUGAAAAUGGGGCAGAUGAAGAACACUGUGCCGCAGAUGGCAACGCCUGCCCGACCAAGGAUUUUCAGUGCCGUAAUGGGAAGUGUAUAGCUCCCAUCUUCAUCUGUGAUGGCGACGAUGACUGUGGCGAUGCCAGUGAUGAAGAGAAGUGCUCAAAUCCCACCUGCGGCCAGCAUGAGUUCCGCUGCAAUGACUCUGAGUGUAUUCCGGCACUGUGGAGUUGUGAUGGGGAUCCUGACUGUAAAGAUAAGUCAGACGAAUCUAUGGAGCGCUGUAGUCGGAGGACUGAGCCCCAGAAACCCCGAUGCAUGGUGAGCGAGUUCCAGUGUGGGAGUGGCGAGUGUGUCCGCAUGAACUGGAAAUGUGAUGGAGAUGCUGACUGCAAGGACAAAUCCGAUGAGGCAAACUGUCCUCUGCUUACAUGUCAGCCUGAUGAGUUCCAGUGUGGCGACGGCUCCUGCAUCCAUGGCACCAAACAGUGUAAUAAAGUCCAUGAUUGCCCAGACUACAGUGAUGAAGCUGGUUGUGUCAAUGUUACGAAGUGUGACGGAACUAGACACUUCCGCUGUAAGAAUGGAGAAUGUAUUGACAGCAGAAAGGUGUGUGACAAUAUCAAAGACUGCAAGGACUGGUCUGAUGAACCUGUGAAAGAAUGUGGCAUCAUCAACUACAGUGCAGGUCUUCUAAUGUGGGCAGUCACUCUUCCUGGCCUGAACGAGUGUUCAGACAACAAUGGUGGCUGCUCCCACAUCUGCAGGGACCAAAGGAUUGGCUUUAUGUGUGACUGCCCCUCUGGAUACAAGCUUCUGGACAAAAAGACAUGUGGCGACAUAGAUGAAUGUGAGAACCCAGAUGCUUGCAGUCAGAUCUGCAUAAACUACAAAGGGGAUUAUAAGUGUGAAUGCUAUGAAGGUUACGAGAUGGAUCCUGCCUCCAAGAGCUGCAAAGCUGUGGGAAAGAGUCCCUACUUGAUGUUCACCAACCGACAUGAGAUCCGUCGCAUUGAUCUGCUCAAAAGUGAAUACACACAAGUAGUUCCUACACUGAAGAAUGCUGUGGCACUGGAUGUUGAUGUGGCCACCAAUAAGAUGUUUUGGAGUGAUCUAUACCAUCAUAAAAUAUACAGUGCAUACAUCAACAAAGCCAACGACUCUUCGCAGCAGCUUACUCUCAUCGAUGCGCUGCAUUCCCCCGAGGGCCUGGCUGUUGACUGGGUUCACAAGAACAUCUACUGGACCGACUCUGGUAGCAAAAGCAUCUCUGUGGCCACAGGGGAUGGCACCAAAAGAAAAAUGCUCAUAGUCACAGACCUGAGCGAACCACGGGCCAUCGCAGUUGACCCACACCAAGGGUUUAUGUACUGGUCAGACUGGGGAGAUCAAGCCAAGAUUGAGAAAGCUGGCAUGAAUGGAGUGGAUCGACAGAUUCUGGUAUCAGAGCACAUUGAAUGGCCCAACGGAAUAACUUUAGACUUGUCCAAUAGGCAUCUCUACUGGGUGGAUUCCAAGCUCCACCUGCUGUCCAGUGUGGAUUUUAAUGGAGACAACCGCAGAGUCUUGCUGUCUUCUCAUCACCACCUGGGGCACCCUUUUGCGCUCACUGUUUUUCAGGAUCGCAUAUAUUGGACCGACUUGGAGGAUGAAGCCAUAUACAGCGCCAACCGCCUGACUGGCAACGAUGUGGCGAAGGUUGCAGAGCACCUCAACAAUCCGCUGGAUCUGGUGGUGUUCCAUGAACAGAGGCAGCCAAAAGCCCCUGACACCUGUAACAUGGGCAGUCUUCCAAAUGGCGGCUGUGAGUACCUUUGUUUAAAGGCGCCUCAGAUUACAGACCACUCCCCCAAAUAUACGUGUGCCUGUUCUGAUGGAAUGGAACUGGGACCGGACAUGAGGCGAUGUGCCACAGUCCGAGCAAGAAUAACAACAACAACAGUUCCUACCAUUAGUUCUAUAACCACUACAUCAUCUACCACAACCACCAUGGCGAGCACAACAACAAAAGCCACACUUGUUCUCACCACAACGGUACCAGCCACAACCACCACUACUGCUGCUUCUACCACAUUCACGACGACAACCACUCGUCUGGGAACGGCCGAACCCACCCAAAAACCCAGAGGAACCACCACUGAGCAACCUCGAACACCUGCUGCCAUAAAUACACAGACCAGUUUCAGUAGCACCAGUCAGACAUCAACAUCCUCUCCGACUCCCCUACUAGGCUCAGUGGCCCCAAGCAGCAUUCAUAAAGAGGGCAACGCCAACCUGUCACACAGAGCUGCGGGUGAUCACUACCUCAUAGGCAACAACAUCACAGUUGCUGUCUUGGGGAUAGUCAUUCCUAUCGUCCCUAUCCUUGCCACAGUGGUCAUCGGGCUACUUUGCACCGGCGCCUACCUGGUGUGGCGCAACUGGCGGCGCAAAAACACCAAGAGCAUGAACUUCGACAACCCGGUCUACCGCAAGACCACGGAGGAUGACGACGACGAAAUCCAUAUCGGCCGACACAGCGAGUCCAUCGGACACGUCUACCCAGCAGUGAGUGGCAGCCACAGUCAGCCAUUCAUAGCGCUUCCUCUAGGGAGUGGCGUCAGCGACAGCAACUCUCACUGGUACUCAGGGGCGCCGAUGCUGUCCAGUGGCAAAUGAGGAAAGCAUCUUCUGAGGAGGAAUUAUUGAGAAGGAGGCGUACGCGUCAGAAAAGCCUUCUUGUUGGUGAAAGAGAAGCAUUCGUGCACAUACCAACAUACACACACACACCAUGUUUUUGCAGUAAACACUAAAAACGCCAAACACUUGAAUUCCUACACAAUGUUAUCAUUGCUCUUUGGAUCAUGCUCAUAUAAUACAAACAUUUUAUCAAUUGUUCAUCCUUUGUAAUCAUAUUGAAUCACAAUUUUUGUACUUUGUCAUUUUUCUAGUUAUGUAAGUGUUUUGUGAGAAAGACAUUAUAAUGUCCUCAUUGUUAGGUUCCUAUGUUAAAAAAAAGUAGACUGACACAUAUCACCUGUUAUAAGAAGCUGCUGGUUUUAGUUCCGGAGCAAAAGGGCGUCAUCAUCAUCAUCACACAGCACUGGUGUGAUGACGAUUGUUACUAUCCUGGACGACCCCUUACCUAUGUGGUGCUAUCGUCUUGUAAUUGACUGGUACGAAUUUGAGUUCUACAGUCACCAGAUCCUGGUGACAGGAUGGCACAGUAGUUCACAUUUUUAGAGUUAAUUGUUUCAUACAAAUUUUAUUUCCUUCUACUUGAAUGAAAUUUCGGAUCACAAAUCAGAACCAAGAGCAAUUAAAAAAACAUAUUUUGUGGUUAGCACAUCUGCCUCACAAUGCAGAGAUAGUGUGUUCGAAUCUGGGCUGUGGUCUUCCUGUGUGGAGUUUGCAUGUUCUCCCCAUGCCUGUGUGGGUGUUCUCUAGGCACUCUGGUUUCCUCCCACAUUCCCCAAAACAUGCACAGUAAUGUUCAUUAAAGACUUUAAAAUUGCCCGUUGGUGUGAAUGUGAGUGUGAAUGAUUGUUUGUUUAUCCCUGUAUGAGCCUUCUGAUUGCCUGUCGACCAGUUCUGGGUGCAUCCCGCCUCUCGCACGGAUUAAGCUGGGAUAGGCUCCAGUGCGCCUGCAGCACUAGUGAGGUUAAGCGGUUAAGAGAAUUAAUGGAUGGUUAUUUUGGUGUUAAGUUUUAUUUUCUGGGAGCAUUGCCCUUAAAAUAGCACUGGUGCAGGUGCAACAAUGUGGCUUGGGAUCAAAAACUCAAGAGUCAACAGCAGGUUGGAGUUGCAUUCAACCCACCUAAAGACCAACCUAAAACGUGGAGACCGAAGUUGCUUUAAGGACAUUCCUUGCAUAUCAUGUGUUGUCAGAGUAGCAGAGCAUGCAGUGAAGGGCUGCCAAAAAAGAAUCUGUGAGUUGAGCGCUUUGAUCAGCUGGCAUGGCAACACUGAUUUCUUUGUCACGCCGGCAAGGAAGAAGGCAAAUUUGGAAUAAACUGGCCUGAUAGCAAAUUAUACAUGACAAAUGAGUAUUUUUAGAAGGGACUAAAAAUCCUUUUUGGCAAGGAAGUGGGACAUAAGGUAGCAUUUUUGUUGGUCACGUCAUUUAUCCAAAUAUUGUCCUACUCUCAUGUGGCAUCUAUGAGAGCCAGAGAGAGACCAUUUUUGUGGGCCAAACAUUUGCAGCCUGCAUUGCUCUAAGAGCCAGAAAAGGGAAAAGACGAGGAGGUCUUGGUGGGAGGAGGAGGUGAAAAUCACAAAUUAAAAGAUGAAACCUGUUUUUCUAUUUUGGGUUGUUUUUCCAUCAUGCCACUGUCUCAUGUUUUGUUUUGAUUUGUUUUUU